AACAAGAUCACCAUCAGCAAUGACAAGGGCAGGCUGAGUAAGGAGGAGAUUGAGAGGAUGGUGCAGGAUGCGGAAAAGUACAAGAAUGAGGAUGAAGCCCAGCGGGAAAGGAUCGGAGCCAAGAACAGUUUGGAGUCCUACGCCUUCAACAUGAAGAGCACAGUGGAGGAUGAGAAUGUGAAAACUAAGAUCAGUGAGGGAGACCGGAAGAAAAUUCUUGAGCAAUGUAACCAGGCAAUCCUGUGGUUGGAGAACAACCAGACGGCAGACAAGGAGGAGUUUGAGUACCAGCUGAAAGAACUGGAAAAGCUGUGCUGUCCCAUCAUUGCCAACCUGUACCAAGGAGGAGCAGCAGCAGCAGGUGGUUCUUGCAGAGCCCAGGCUGGAUGUGCCACUUCCACAGGACCAACAGUGGAGGAGGUGGAUUAAAAGACAAAGGAACUUUGCUUCAGUGACUUGUGUUAAAUGUUGCCUGGAUGGUUGCACUGCUUAUGCUCCUUAUGGAUAAUGCAGUGGAGUUAUUCAAUAUUUACCUCAUGAGACUUUGGUUCCAGUUGGAAGGAAGGAACUUUUUUUUUCAUGUCUGUAUGAUGCAGGUUCCUUCAGCACUUUAUUUGAUUGUAUUUUGAUCUAUGCUGUUGUGAUUUUUAUUGAAACUUGUUGGAGGAUAUGAGUUUUUUUUUUUAAGUGAACUUCAAAACCUGAAUGCCUUCAAUAAACUUGCUUUUAAAAUUCA